AUACGCGAUUGGGAUGGCCGUACUACAUGGCACAUUGUUGUGUAAAUAUAAUAAUACAAUCUUCGCGCCAUUUUUCUCUGCAUUGGUAUCCUUUGUCUCUAUAUCACAUCAGCCACGAGAUGCUCUCACAACACUCAGGACUAUUCUUCAGAAUAGUCAUUUUGGUUGGCAUCCAUUUCCUAUUUUUUCAACACUCCAUAAGUUGAUAAAUUUAAACCAUGGUGAUUUUACAUCACAUUCUCUUGUUGAUGAUAUCGGCGAUUAUUUCAGUUGAUGCUUCCAUUGUUGGCACAGAACCAUCUGUUCAACUUCUUAACAGCUCCAGUGCUAUCCUACCUUGUCAGUACAAUCAUGCUGUAUAUGAGAUAUAUUGGGAAUACCACAAUGGCAACAAGGAACACGAAGGGGAGAUUCUUGUUAAUCUGGACAUGUACUUCAACACUGGCAAACGGAGUGGUAAGGGCUUUGAAGAAGGGCGUUUCAACAUCAGUGAUGACUUUUCUCUAUUGAUCGAGCCAGUCAUGAUGAAAGAUGGUGGUCAGUACUCCUGUAUUGUGUCUGAUAUAGCAUCGGGAAAUUCAUAUGAGAAUUAUACUGAUGUCACGGUAUACGUUGAUGGUCCCACUGUUGGCACAGCACCAUCUGUUCAACUUCUUAACGGCUCCGGUGCUAUCCUACCAUGUCAGUAUAAUCAUGCUGUAUAUGAGAUGUACUGGGUAUACCACAAUUGCCACGACGAAUACAGAGGGGACACUAUUGUCAAAUUGGACGUGUACUUUGACAUUGGUAAACGGAGUGGUAAGGGCUUUGAAGAAGGGCGUUUCAAUAUCAGUGAUGACUUUUCUCUAUUGAUCGAGCCUGUCAUGAUGAAAGAUGGUGGUCAGUACUCCUGUAUUGUGUCUGAUAUAGCAUCGGGAAAUUCAUAUGAGAAUUUCACUGAUGUCACGGUAUAUGUUUAUGCCAACACCACAAACACGAAUUUUGUCACCAUCAAGCAAUGCGAAGAUUUGACCAAUCUAAACCAAUCCACAGCUUAUGAAGAAACACCAUGCAUCUACCCUAUGACCGACAACCAGACAGUUUUCCAACUGAACUGCUCAGUGUACGGGGCGAUGCCGAAUGUUUCUCUCUCUUGGACGACCGACGGAACCAACGUUGGGACUAACUACGACCUGACAUCUACGACCGAGGAACGAGAAGACAGAACGUUUGACCAGAUGCUGACGAUGACAGGGUCUGUGAAUGAGACUAAGAAUGGUACUGUCUUUACCUGUGUGGCUGAAGGAUUGUCUGUUGGCGGACUUGCGAACAGUUCAGUUAUAUUCUUCAAGACUGAACAUCAAUCUGAAGUCUCAAGUCAUGAGCCUACAGGCUCUACAAAUCCACUCGCACUAAAAAUUGCUUUACCGAUAGGAUUAAUAGCCGUUAUCAUGGUUAUUGUGGCAUUUUUCGUUUGGAGAAAUCUAAGGCAUAAAAGAAAAGGUCAAAGAAUACCCAGCUCUGAAGAAGGUGAAGAAAUGCGCGAAUGAAGAGGGAUGAAAGCAAUAUAUAGGCCCAUACAGGAUAUUUUUUUGUAAUUUCUUCACAAGAACAUUGUUCAAUCUUGUCUAUUAUAAUGCAUUUAUAACCUCUAACUGAAUCAAAAUGUUUAUGCAAUAAAGCAGCUUUAACAAAAUUAGCUUGAAUAUUAACAAUAAUGAACAAAAUAUGGAGUCUAAGAACCUUGAGAAAUAAACAGUUUGCACCUGUCUACUAUUCAAUAUCAAAUUGAUCUUUGAUGCCAUAAUGUAAAUACAGCUGAUAAAUUUCAACCCUGUCAACUUUGCCUGCUGUUGUUCCAAGAAGUCCACAACAUUCACCGGAAUACCGAAAAGUUCAUUGCUUUCGAGUUUCUUCGCAAAUUUUGAAUGUGUCUUGCCCCCAAUUCUGCGUAGCUCCAAGAUUCCAAGGAUUUUUGUUAAUCAGGGGAUGCUGUUUUAAAUUUGACAAGCAAAAAGGAAAAAAGGUUUUACUACAAAAUGAAGGUCGUUUUGGUCAUGACAAAUUUGACAAGCAAAAAAAAAUCGCUCAAAAACGAAGGUGAUUUCGGUCCAAGCAAAAUUCGAAAAGCAAAAAAAAAAAGAAAAAGUUUUUCACUAAAAUAUUAAGGUGAUUUUUCUUAUAUUCUGCUUUCAAGCAUACCUACCAGAUUUCUAGGGGUGCUACCUAUGGUGAAUAACACACACAGCACACCCCCCCUUCCCAUGGCCAUGACACCCCCUCCCUUGUGCCGCCACUGCGAUUUCCUAAGAUACUCUACUGAUACACGUGUUAAUGUACUGAUAAUGCAGAAUAUUUGAAAUCCUUAUCUAUUUGUAUUUUGUAUUAAUAAAAUAAUUGAUUUGUGAUUCAAUU